UACUAUUUUGCUGGGAUUCGGCAAUCAUCGUGCGUUCUCGUAACUGGUUUCUGACAACUCAGUCGGCGUAGACUUCGGUAAAAGACUGCGAACAGCAUCGCACGCGUACACACACCACCGCAGUGCACACACCUACGCAGCACUUAUACCACUUCGCUGCAUACACGAACGUGUAGAGCCGCGAAGAGACGGAUAUAUCGGGAGUAAGUGUAGCAUUGCCAGAGUACAUUCGACGUCGCGGAAAUAUCCGAAGCCAUGGCGACCGAAGCCGAGUCGACGAGCGCGGGCAACAUUCAACAUCACGAACAACAGCAGCAACAACGAGUCUCGAUCGCGGUGAGGUCUCAGCAGGUAGCCUCAUGCGGCGGCGGUGGCGGCGGCGACGACGACGAGGAAGAUGUGUCAACGGUGCACCCGGUGGCGGUCGUUUCCACCAACUCGACCGUUGGGGUGCCGGUGACACUGCCCGUUGGCUCGAUAAUCGCCAACGGGACGACUUUCAAUGUCAUAACGUCCGAGCAAUUGCAGAUGGCAAACAAUGCACAAUUCAAGCCAAUGAUAUGUGUAGACAAUAGUUUUUUAUGUGAAACUAGACCUAAUGAUAAAAAUAAUUCAUGGGGUAAUGAUCUAAAAGCAACACACAUUGUUAUUCAAAAUAAUGCAGAAGAUACUAUUAAUGAAUCCAUACAUAUAUCUACGGGUGGAAAUGCAAAAUCUUGCUCAUGGACAGAAAGUGCCAAAAUGCCAGUUUUACCUGUAAGAUGCAAGAACACAAAUGCAGAACUGCAUAAAAGUCGUUUUGGUUCUGGGGGUAGAGGAAAAUGCAUAAAAUUUGGAAACGAAUGGUACACUCCUAGUGAAUUUGAGGCUUUAUGCGGAAGAGCUUCUAGUAAGGAUUGGAAAAGAAGUAUCAGAUUUGGGGGCAGAAGUUUACAGACUUUAAUAGAAGAACAAAUUUUAAGACCUCAUGCAACCUCUUGCACGUGUGCCGCUUGCUGUGAUGAUGAUAAUGCUGCUGGACCUAUACGAUUGUUCACUCCUUAUAAGAGAAAAAGAAAAAUGAGAGAUGAUUUUGAAGACGAUUCCACUGCACACAAGCAUAAAGAUGGUUCUAGGGAUUACAGCGAAGAAAGUGAUGCUGAUGAAAAAUCAACUUAUAAUGUCCAUAGCUAUGCGCAGUCACACAACUCUCAGGAGAUUGAAUUAAAUUCUAAAACACAAAGUCUACAAAAUGGUCACAAAGAAAGCAGGUAUCAAAAACUUGAAGAAAUAGCUAAUAAAAUGACUAAAAUAGCAAAUGAGUUUAAAAAAAUAGUAGAGGAAUAUAAAGCAGAAGAGAAAAAACUGGAAGAAACUGCUCAACAAACUGCAAACAACAAGUUUGGAUUAGAACCAGCUUCAAACUCUAAUAAAAAACUGUGUGUAAAUUGUAAUAGAGAUGCCUAUGCAGAAUGUUCACUUUGUCGGAGAACUCCUUAUUGUUCUGCUUUCUGCCAACGUAAAGACUGGAAUCAACAUCAGAUAGAGUGCACUCGAGAGUCUACAGAAACAGUUAUGUUAAUUGUAGAUAACAGUGCAGACAACAAUUGCUUAAGUGCCCAAACAACAGAUUCAAAAUUAUUAGUUCUAACUCCUGAGUCAGACACGAAUUAACUAAUAGUUUCUUAAAUGCUUAGUGAUUAAUUAGAACAAAUUUUUGGGAUGUUGUUUAAAAUGUUGAUCAAGUAAUGUUAGUUUUUUUUAGAAAUUUUUGACUGAAAUUAUAUAAUUAUACACGAUAAAUGCAGCUUUUUAUCUAGGCCAAGUCUUUGUACAAAUGAAAAAUAAUGUGUAUAACAAUAGUUUUGAAAUUAGGUAUAACUAUUUUGAACAGUUAAUGAAAAAAUGUUGUAAAUAUAAAUUUUAUGUUCCUUUUACUUUAAAUCAAAAGUAUUAUGUCUUUUUUUAUGUUUGUGUCUUGUACGAUGUAAAUAAUAUUUUAUUUAAUUGUGUAGAAUUAUGCUAAGAUAGUGAUUACCUAAGUAAUCAAGUAGACACUUUCAUUGUACAUUAAAGAGAGAAGAUAAUUAUUUCAUGCAAAACGAUGAAAUAAUGGCGAUAAUGAAUUAAUGUAUAGACAAAAUUAUUUUUAAUGAAAAUAUAUACAUACAAUAAAAAAGAUGAAAUCUGAUGAAAAA